AUGAACUACCUAUGGUCCCCACUGGCAAGGUCUCAGCUUUCGAAAAGAUUCCCUCUUUUCUAUCCUUCCAACGAACCCUCAGCAAUUCCUAUUUCUAUAUCAUUGCUUUUUAAGGAUGCUAUUCAUUUAUAUACCUGUGCACUCGUGCUUCGACAGCUGCAAAUUUAUCGAUCGACCAAAAAUAUUUAUCAGGGCGUUUCCACAAUAUGCACUACAUUGAUUGCAAUCGUCUUCUCAUUUGGUAUAUUCACAUAUGCGUGUUCGUGUUAUAACCUCCCUGCCGGCGACUCAGGCAGAUUCGGAAUCUUUUUUGUGGAACAUGUCAAUUACCUAUGGGUCAUAGCAAACAUUAUCCAAAGUGCCAAAUACGUUCCACAAAUUUGUCUGAAUUGGAUGGGAUUGUGUACGAAAGGUGUCUCUUCGAAGUACAUUCUUUUAAGUCUGUUUUCUGAGAUCGCGGUUGGUCUCUGUUCAGCAUUUCUGCUUCAAGGAACGGAGUUUUAUAAGAAGCCUUACAAUUUCACUCCUGCCUUCGUGAGUCUAAGCAAUGUCUUGUGUCUUUCAUGCAUGUUUUAUCAAGCGCAGUAUCUUUACCAAGGUAAAAAGCCGUACCUGCCGCGAGGAAAAUGA